AUGGAUGUGGACGAAGAGGAACCUGAGCAAGUCGGGCCUGUAGAUGAAACAAACAACAGUAUAGCAACAGGCACCGCCAGUGAGGUGGCUCUCGCUGAGCCGGCUGCGUUGGCAAGGGCACCCGAAGGGCAAGCCCCCCAAGCUGUAUGGGUCGGGAACACGUCGCCAAUGCCGUUAAACUACGGCAGGCUGAACGCGAAGAUACAGUUCUUACACUGUGUCAUGCGUCAGAUCAACGGACCAUGGUGUCACUGGGCAGUAGAUGUAUACAAGGCAGUAGCGACGAAAUACAGGAGGAUGCCAAGAGGAGGAUGGAAGGUCCUCGCGGAAUUUGCGAACGAGAAAUUCGAGUUCCACAAGACCACCGCGGAGGUGGAGCAGAUGGCGAAACAAAUGGUCUUCAAAAUAGCUAAGAACAGGCCAAGGGAGGCCGGGGAAAUAGUUCCCCUCCACCAUGCGGACACAUUUGUCGCCGUCUCGCAGGAGUUUAACAAGAUCUUGGCAAGAAGGUUGAGGGAGCCGGGUGUCAUAAGAAAUGUAAGGAACAAGAAGCACACCCUCUGCUCCCUUGACUUCGCGGCGAUAAAAGCGCUGGACGUAGUAAUUGCGAACUACCUGGAGCACAACCCGGUCACUGACAUGGGGAUGCUCGCCAUCCUAUAUCAGACGGCCCAGGAUUGCUACGACAGCGUGACAUCUAAAACGCCGGAACCUCGACGUGUUUAUCGCCAGAUGGACAAGUACAACAUGAUUGCCGACAAGCCACAGGAACUGUCGUACGUCAUCAGUAGGACGCAGGAGGAGCUCCAGAAAGAGUACGACAAGCUGAAGAAGAUCAAGUUCAAGACGGAGAUGUACGGCCACAACCGCAUGUUCGAGUUGUACAGAGGACACUUCUACAGAAUGUUGGAGAAGCAGCAGAACGUGGACGAAACGGCGAUAAACGAGGAAGCGCUGAAGGAAUACUGGGCGCAAAUGUGGGUAAAGCCGAAAGCACCGGACAACGGUUCGCAAUACCUGGUGGAACGACCGCCGGCACAAUCUGUGACGGCUUUCCCACAUUCGAGGAAUUCUUAA